AGGGGGCGGCUGCCGCAUCACCAGAUGCUACUAGCGUUCAAUAAAUCAAACGGAGCCGUUUCACACCCAAAACUUAACAAGCGUUAGUGAGGAGGAUGGACGAAGGCACCGAGUUAUCUCUCACCAUCGCUCACAUCGUCCAGCGGCUGAAAGGAAGCCAUUUACACUCUCAGAUAGAGAGGCAAGCCAAAGACUGUUUACAUCAACCAGAAAUAAAAUUGGAGUCCCUCAAAGAUGACGUACGGAGCUUUCUCAAAACAUCAGGUUGGGAAAGAAAGCUUCAGAAUGCAGUAUACCGGGAGCUUCAUGUCCAGCUGCCUCCGAGUCAUCCCACGAUUCCUCCUGAGCAUCUCAAAGAGCCGCUGGCCUACAUGCGCAAGGCACAGGCCAGCUGGGAAAAGCGUGUCCUCAAAAGCUUGAACAGCAUGAGCACAGAGCUUGAAGUGCCUCUGGCUCGCAUGAGGCCGGCUGUGGAGCAGAAGGAGCUUGCCAACAAAUGGAACGAGAUGGGCACAGAUGAACCAGAUUUAAGUCGCUUCAGACCUGUCUAUGCCCCCAAAGACUUUCUGGAGGUGUUAAUCAGCCUGCGCAACCCAAACCAUGAUAGCAGUGAAGACAUCAGUGCCAGGAGCCACUGGGGUCUCAUCCAGGUUCCUCUCAAUGUCAGGGACAUCCCACAACUGCGAAAGGCCUACUCGGAGCUGAACCUGACCACAGGCCAACUUGGGAUUGACGACCAUGCACAUAUCCAUCCAGACUUGUUUGAAAGUGAGUACGUGCAACUUGGGAAAAAAGUACUCUCAGAGCAGGACAGUGCAGCGGCGCAGCAGUACAGCCGGCAGGGCUGCCCCACUGGGCUCCGUGCAGACCUGUGGGCUCUCAUUCUUAAUGCUACUAACCAGCCUCAGGAUGUGAUGCAUUAUGAACAGCUUACAGCUGGAGUUAUACAACAUGACCUCCUGGUGGAUAACCUUAUCUAUAAGGACGUUAAGCUCACUGCCAGUAAUGACGACUACUAUUUUGUGUUUGAAGAUUUUCUCUAUCAGGUUUUACUGUGUUUCUCCCGAGACACCGCCGUCUUGGAUCACUUCAAAUACAACAGUGCCACUCCACCCAAAUCCUACAUCCAGGGAAAGGCUGGAGAUGAGGAGUGUGCUGUUGUGUAUCCUCCCAAUGGUGUGAUCCCUUUCCAUGGUUUUUCAAUGUAUGUGGCACCUUUGUGUUUCCUGUACAACGAGCCAUCAAAGCUGUACAGCGUGUUCAGGGAAAUGUACAUCCGCUACUUCUUCAGGUUGCACUCCAUCUCCUCCUCUCCCUCGGGUAUCGUGUCUUUGUGCCUGCAGUUUGAGCGGCUGCUGCAGACCCACCUGCCUCAGCUCUUUUACCACCUGAGACAGAUCGGGGCUCAGCCGUUGCGUAUUGCCUUUAAGUGGAUGGUUCGGGCAUUUUCUGGCUAUCUGUCCACUGACCAGCUGCUUCUUCUCUGGGACAGAAUCCUGGGCUAUGACUCACUGGAGGUAGUGGCAGUCCUUGCAGCUGCUGUGUUCGCCUUCCGCGCUGAGAAUUUGAUGGAAGUGACAUCAUUAGCCUCGGCUGAGGCUGUCCUUGCUGACCUUUCAACUUUGAAGGUCAUACCGCUCAUCCAGAUCUUUCUGUUCGCCACUGCCAUCUGAAGAGCAUGGAAACAUGGGAGUUGUGUCCAUGGGAGGAUGAAGGAUGUUAGAAGAAAGCUACUUUGCAAUGCCAUUAGAACCACAACCGUUAAUAAUAACCAGUCAACACAAAGCUGGAGCGUGCAAUAUGGAGAAAUCAUAUAGAGAAACCUACGCAAGCAUUACACCCUCUGUCUUGCACUACUUUACACAAAAAAGCCAAACCCCUCUUUAGCAUGUAUGCACCAUAAAUAGCGAAUGCCCUGUAUCAUGUUAUAUUAUACAGUAUGUAAGUAUAGCUUCCACACCAGAAAGGUUAAACUAGCCUCCUCCUUAAGCCAUAUGCUGCGCAGGAAAGACGAUAUGCUCAGCAGCUCUGGGAUCAGCUGAGAAGCUCAUUAGGAAUCACAUGAAGUGGUGAUUGUACUGUGAUGAGAGAACAACAGCAACAGCUCUGAGCUCGGCUAAUGAAGUGUUAAUUAGCUGUGCAGAUCCUGCUUGUUGUUACACUAUUAGAUAAUGCUGUCUCUGAUGAGUGAGGAGAUUGGGAGCACUAGCGUGUUGAAUGAAAUGCUUGAUAUGUUACUUGUAUGACUAGAAGCUGCUGCGUAUACACGUUUUAUGAUAUUUAUUAAGAAAUAUGUUAUAACUGCAUCUUAAGGACAUUUAGCACCUCCAGUGCCAGUGAUUUUUUUACAUUUUAUUUUAUUUUAUUUGAAAUUAUGCAUUUGAUUCCUGAAUGUAAUAACUUACUUUGUACUGCUUUUUUAAAGAAGACCGUGUAUGUUGCUUUUGACUGUAAUGCAGUCAAAUCAUUCUUUCCAUUAAUACUGUUGUUCAUAGGACAACGCCAAGGGUUUCAUCCAGCAAAUUUUUAUGUUUAUUGCAACCAAGAAUAUCCCUUUGUUAUAUAAAAUAAAAUAAA